UCCAUUCAAUCGGCCAGUCUAUCAAGUACGCGCGAGUCGGAAUCACAUUUUAUCGUUAGCGCGCGAUUACAUUUUUUUAAACAUGUUAUUUUUAAUUACCGUUUCCGUGCUACUGGCCAGUACACAUGCAAAAUUUUACACGGAUUGUGGUUCAAAGCUAGCGACUGUGCAGAGCGUUGGCGUGAGUGGAUGUGCUGACGACGCCACAGAAUGCAUUCUCAGGAGAAACUCCAAUGCAACCAUCACCAUUGAAUUCACACCAAGCAAAGACGUCAAAAGCAUCACAACUGAAGUGCACGGCGUCAUAAUGAAUCUCCCGGUACCUUUCCCGCUGCCUCAGCCCGAUGCCUGCAAGGAAAAUGGACUCGCUUGUCCUUUGAAGGCUGGCGACAUAGCUCAUUAUAAGACAUCGAUGCCCGUUCUCAAGUCCUACCCUAAAGUUAAAGUCGACGUUAAAUGGGAGCUGAAGAAUGAGGACGAAGAAGAUCUCGUCUGCGUCCUGAUCCCAGCUAGGAUCCACUAAUUUAAAACCUUCUACUUAUUUGUACCUCCCACGAAAGAUUUCUAUUUUUCGUGAUACCAUAGUCAUCGUGGUCUCCAUAGAUGAUAAAGCGGUUUAUUGUUUAAAAAAUACAAUAAGUAUAAUUAAAAGAACAAAUUACAUUUUUGUUUAAAAUAACGCUCACGAAAGUAAUGAUUCAUUUAACUUAAUAGGUAUAUAGUAUGUACCUAUUUGAGUACAUAAACGUAAUUUUGUAUUUGUUUCCGCAUAUACGCGGGUGUUCGCUGAUAUAUUGUUAGGUAUGUAAAGUUUUAAUUUACUCAAUACUUACGAUUUAACUAUCAUCCAAACCAAAGUUAUAGGGUUAAAAAAACGACGAAACCUUACGACGAAAGUUAGGUAGUGCCCUUGCGCUUUGCUUGGCUCAUUUUGGCGAAAUUAUGAAGUGUAUAUCUAUUAAAAAAAGGAUAAACAAUUUAAAACCCUGCACCAAAUCUCAAAUGUCUGACUACUAUGGGACCUGGUUUAUGUUUAAUAAGUAUGACGUUAAAAUACAGGCAUCAAUCUAUGUUAUGUACUACUGAAAGAUAAUUCCAAAUAGGUACCAAAAUAUAUUUUUAUUUCCCAGAUGUCGUCUUUCGUCGAUCCAUUAUGGCCACAAAACUUUAUAUUGAAUGUGACAAUGUUAAUGAAAUAAAAAGUUAUAUACACAUUUAAUUUUCAGUAAGUAUUAUAUUAAGCUGUGAUCAAUUUUAGUUAUCUUGCCCUAAUUGUUCAUACCACUACAUUAUAAUAUCAAAGGUAAUAUAAAAAUAAAUGAAGUAACAACAUAA